GGUGGCGACCGCAUUCAACUGUUCUCGCCCCGACGCGCCUCCACGACUUUCGACUGUUUCGCGCCAACAAUCGACGAUCGCAAUUUUUCAUCGCUUUUCGUUUGUUUUUUUCUCUCAUCGUCGACUUCAUUUUUUUCAUUCCUCGAAUUCCGUUUAACAUAUUUUUUCAGCACUGAAAACGAUUGUUUAUAAUUUCUUUUCACACCAAAUGAAAUAGCUUUUCUGAACAUUAACGAAGUUAUUGAGAUAGUCUGAAAAAAAAUGAAUGAAUCAUGUUUGGUAAAAUUUUACAUGGUGUGUCGAUAAACUUUUAGUAUUAUGUAUGUGAAGAACUGUUCGAAACUUUUUGAUUUUGAAUUUAUUGACUAUAAAGAGUGUAACGAUAGUAGUUGUUAUUGCGUGAAGAAUUCGGCAUGGGUUACAAAGACUACCAAUGGGUCCAGCAUUGACUCCUUUUAUUUGUAUGAGGUGGAGCAUUUCACAGUAUUAUGGAUCCUCUUCAUAAUAAUAGUAAUUGGAAAUAGCGGUGUUCUAUACUCCCACUUCAUUGGACGACCAAGGAAAAGUCGAAUGAAGUUUUUUAUUGCUCAUUUGGCAUUUGCAGAUCUCUCAGUUGGACUGAUUAGUGUAUUAACAGAUAUUAUUUGGCGUAUGACAGUUACCUGGUAUGCUGGUGAUGCUUCUUGUAAAUUUAUUAAAUUUGCCCAGGCAUUGGUCACUUAUGCUUCUACUUAUGUACUUGUAUCCCUGAGUAUUGACAGAUACGAUGCCAUUCGUCAUCCAAUGAAAUUUUCAGGAAGUUGGAGAAGGGCUAGAAUUUUAAUUAUUUUGGCCUGGGCAAUCAGUGCCCUUUUUUCCUUGCCAAUGCUGUUUUUAUACGAAGAAAAAAUAGUACAAGAUCAACCCCAGUGUUGGAUAGAAUUUCCAGAACAGUGGCAAUGGCAACUGUAUAUGGUUCUCAUUUCUUUGGCAUUAUUCGUCAUACCAACCAUUAUAAUAACUACUUGCUAUGCUAUCAUGAUCAAGACUAUUUGGUCAAAGAGCGGUCCUCAGAUUGGCAGAGGAAAUAAAAACAGUAUUAAUGAUCGAAUAGGAUCUGACAAUGAUCGACGAGCAUCAUCCAGAGGUCUCAUACCACGUGCCAAAGUUAAGACUAUUAAAAUCACAUUAAUUAUAGUAACAGUUUUCAUCCUUUGUUGGAGCCCUUACAUAAUAUUCGACCUGCUGCAAGUGUUCGGCUAUAUCCCCCCGACCCAGACAAAUACGGCGAUAGCUUCGUUUGUGCAGAGUCUGGCCCCGCUCAAUUCAGCUGCCAACCCCAUAAUCUACGGAAUAUUCUCCACACAGUUUUGUAAAAUUUUUGGAAACAUUCCUCCAUUCAAGUGGUGCCGGAUAAAAACCAAGAGGAAAAGCCUAAACUCCACUACAAAAAGCAGUACCAUCUCCGAAGUACUGACGAAUACGACAAAACGAAGAGCGGAUAUGGUCACUUCCAUCAACAAGGCUCACACGGCAAUUGUUGUUGCCAUAGUUCAUGAAAAAUCAUAAACAUUAUCAUACUAGAAUAAGGUGUAACUUAAUAUUAUGAUAUUUUAUAUUAUAUGUAUGUAUAUUGUAUUUAUUGAAACCACUGUCUGAUGUCGAUAAGUAUAUAAACAAUUUGCUACUGAGUAGACAAAUAAAAAUAAAUGAGAUGAAUGUGUA